AUGUCACCGACAGACUGGCGAUCCCUCGUCUGGCUGCGCUGCCAGCUGCUGUGCGGCAUGGUCGACGGGCGGCAGCUCCAUGCGGCAGACAACACCAUACCCCCCCUUCUCCCCCACCCCCCUUCCAUCAAUGCUGCUCUGGCAGACAAACUAGAGACGGAUGGCCAGCCAGCCAGCCAGCGAAGGUUGCCAGUGCGUCUGAGAGGUCGGAUGAUGGAUAGCACCCUGCGAGGGCGAAGCGAGGAGGUUGCAUCACGUAACGUACCGCCGCUCUCCGUCGCGCGGCGUCGACUGUGUUCUCGUUUCUCUGGCGUGCCUCUGGGUGCCUGCGAGGCCGAAAUCCGCUUCAAACAGAGUGCGACGCUCGCGCUCUUUAAAUGCCCACGUCUAAAGGCCCUUUUGCGGCUUCACCCAGCGGCUUGUGAGAGCAAACCCGAAGUGCUGCCGCUUUGCCGCAUUAGAUUGCCUCCAUCGGCCCUGCGGCGUCGCGGGCGGCUUUCGACAUGA